AUGGUCAACGUUGAUUGUCAAUCGAGGCGAAGUACGAAAAUAUCUGUGAUCAUUUUGGGCGCUGCGCUAUGCUCGGUUAUGAUGGCUUAUUUCGUUUUUGGCGACAAUAACGAUGAACAGGGUUUGAGAAACCUACGAAUGAUAUCAAUAGUUUUUCGGCAUGGCGAGAAGACGCCAAGUUCCUUUUACGCAACUGAUCCACAUUCACUCCAUGACUGGCCAGGCGGUCUGGGAGCCUUGACACAGAGGGGCAGUCAGCAGGCUUAUAACUUAGGUAAAAAUUUGCGUAUGCGUUACUAUCGUUUACUGCCUCCUAACGGUAUAUAUACACAGCAACAGGUGCUUGCUCUAAGUUCAGCUGCUGAGCGUUGUAUUAUGAGUGCGCAAAGUGUCUUAGCUGGAUUUAUGCCACCGCUUGAUCAUAAUAAAGUUUUGCCAAUUCCAUGGCAGCCAGCUGCAGUCAAUGUAAUACCACGUAACGAAGACACGCUUUUGGCACAAAAGAAACCUUGUUUGAAAUAUGACACAAUACUGCAAAAGUUAUACAAGAAUCCUCCGCCCGAUGUGCGACAGCUCAAUGAGGAAAAUGCAGAAUUAUUCAAAUUGCUAACUAAACAUUCAGGCAAGAAUAUAUCUACCCUCACGGAUGUGGAAAUGCUUUACACAACACUAAAGGCCGAAGCUGAAGCAGGAUUAGUGCUACCUGAUUGGACGGAAAAUAUCUAUCCGGAGAAAUUGGAAGCGCUAGCUGCCCGAAGUUACUCCCUUUAUACAGAAUCGAAUUUAAUGAAGAAAGUAAAGGGAGGCGCUUUCUUGGCAGAAAUCAUUAAAAAAAUGGAGAAUAAGCGGAGGAAAAAUUUAAAUCCGGAUCGCAAAAUAUUCUUGUAUUCCGGACAUGAUAUCACAUUGGUGAAUAUUAUGAACACUCUUAGCAUACUGGAUCAAACCGAUGUUUUGCCAAGUUAUGCUUCUGCAUUAUCAUUUGAAUUGCAUCACAGCUCCUUAUUUAAAGACGAUUUCGAAGUAAAAAUUGUUUAUUAUUAUAACAGCGAAGAUAAGUUUCCCAAGGAAAUUCACAUACCGAACUGCAACGUGCCAUGUUCGCUUACUCAAUUCAGUAAUUCUCUAAAUCAUCUGCUUCUUGAUAAUUACGAUGAUACAUGUGAAAAUCCGCUGGCAGACUGCAAAACAUAGAUAUAGUAGCAAAACAUGCAAGAUUUUAAAUUGCUAAUAUUGAUAUUUUUUCAGUCUUAAAUAUAGGAAACACUUGGUAAAUUAACAUAUGUACAUAUACUACAUAUGUAUGUAUAAUACGUGUAUUGAUAUAUCGCCUGAGAAUGUAUGUAAGGUUAUACAAUUGGCAAAUAAUUUGCAUAUAUCUUUAGAAAUUUUUUUACCAUAUCGUUCCCUCGUAAAAAAUUUUUUAAAUUAGAUUUUUAGUUAAAACUGCUUUUUAGAGGUACUGUUACUUGAAACAUAUCCUAAAAUAUUCUUAACGAGGGUAGAAGUUUUCAAAGACGUUUGAUUUUUAUCUUAAUGUUCGAACUUAAAACCUCGUAUAUAACGAAAUGUUUUUCUAAAUUUUUAAUAAACAUUUAACUAACUUUAAAAAAAUAUGCUUUAAAUUAUAUGUAA